AUGAUCUCUCGUAGGAUGAUGAUGAGAGAUCCAGCGGUAUUCCCUGAUGGUGAUGCGUUUAAGCCGGAGAGAUUCCUGAAUGUCACCGAUCCAAGGCUGCAGACGUACAAGUUCGGCGUGUUUGGGUUUGGGAGAAGAAUUUGUCCGGGGAUGUAUGUUGCGCUGCAGUCGCUGCAUAUUGCUAUGGCGCGCAUGCUCUGGGCGUUCGAAGUCCUCCCCGUCAUCGAAAACGGCAAACCCUACAUCCCCGACGCCGACGAUUUCAGCUACGGUCUCGUCAGCUACCCCGCGGCGCUGAGAUACAGACUUGUUGCGCGGAGUGAGAAACACAGGGAGAUUACUAUGAGGGAGGCGGAGCUGGCGGAAGAGAGAAUGGCGGGGUUGCCGGGGUCGUAUUGA